GGGGGAAAUCAUCCUCUCUUAAGGAGCAGGCAACGAGGAAGCCCACUGGAUUAUUGCAAAUGUCACAUCAUGAAAACCUAUCUUGUGCUUUCAAGUUUGCUGUACCUGGCAUCAGGAGACACUAACACAGGUGGGAUCUGCUGGUUACAGCAAGGACGGGAAGCCAAGUGCACGAUGAUUCUCCAGAUGGGGGUCACUUGGGAAGACUGUUGUGGCAACGGAAACACGGACAUGGCCUGGUCAAAUUACUCACACCCAGACAACAAGAUCGGCCUUCUUAGGAUCUUGGGCCUUGUGAGCUGCCACCCCUGCAAAGAGUCCUGCGAAGGGGUGGACUGUGGACCAGGCAAAGUUUGCAAAAUGAAGCAUAGACGCCCGCAGUGUGUCUGUGCUCCCGAUUGCUCCAACCUUCCCAGGAAGCUUCAAGUGUGCGGCUCCAAUGGUUUCACCUACCAAGAUGAAUGUGAGCUUCUCAUGGCCAAAUGCAAAGGGCAGCCUGACUUGGAGGUCAUGUACCAAGGACAAUGCAAAAAAUCUUGCUCCAGUGUGGUCUGCCCCGGAACUCACACCUGCGUGGUGGACCAGACCGGGAGUGCCCAUUGUGUGAUGUGUCGCGUUGAACCCUGUCCAGACCCCACCAGCCUAGACCACACAAUCUGUGGGAACAACAAUGUGACCUACCCUUCUACCUGCCACCUACGACGAGCCACCUGCUACUUCGGUCAAUCCAUAGGGAUCCGGCAUUAUGGAAGGUGUACAUUUGUGAAUAAAAAUGCCUUGGACACAGAUGAUGCUGAAGAGAACUACAUCUGAAAAUCUAUUUUGGGGUGAUUUGUCCAAUUCCUAACGUUCAGGGGCAUUAUCUGUAAUAAUGUGCAGACUGUACAUUAUAUACCUGGUAUUUAUUAAAACCAAAAGGAAAAAAAAAAUCUUAUUUAUAUAAAUAGAAAUCGAUGUAACCUAGACAUAUCCGCAUUUCGAUUCUCGAGUCAUAGUUUGUACCAAGGGUAUCCGGAAAGAGGGUCAAAAAAGUCAAGAUGGUGGCAAGGACCAAGCAAUCGUAGCCCCACCCAUUUAAAAAGAGGUGGGGCUUUGAUCUCUCCGUCGCUGCCACCAUUUUGAAUUUUUUAGUCCUGUUUCUAGCAGAUCUCCAAACCCUUUUCACAAAGAUUUUCCUCCAAAAGGGAGAAAAGUUUUCUUCCAUUAUUCUAAGGAAAAUCCAUUUUUAUCAUUUCAAAAGACUGCAGGUUUGCUUCAUUCAAAAUCAGGCCAAUCUUCUCUCUAGAACUCCCUAAAAUAUUUUAUUUGUCCGUUUUCUUUACCUUUAUUUUGUCUCUGUGUAUAUAUAGUCUUGCUGUUUAUUGCUGCAUAUAGCCUCGUUCCCAAAACUCCCAGCCUCCCUCACUGCCUCAUUCAACCCUCCUCUAUCCGAACUUUCUGCUUCAACAAGACUUCAAUAAUAGUUCUCUUCUGAUUUAAGCAAAUAUUCCUUUUUGAUUCCUCUGUCUCCUUGGGGACGAACAUAACAGGUAGUCCUUGACUUACAACCCAUUCAUUUAGUGACCAAAGUUAUAACAACACUGAACAAAGUGAUUUAUGACCAGUUCUCAUUCUUAUGACCAUUGCAGCAUCCCCAGGGUCAUACGAUCAAAAUUCAGGGGUUUGGUAGCUAUCAUAUAUUUACAAUAAUUGCAACAUCCCGGGGUCAUGUGAUCGCCAUAUGUGACCUUCCCACCCAGCUUCUGGCAACGGGGGAAUCUGGAUUUGCUUAACAAUUUGCUUAAAAGGAGCCUUGAUAGUACAGUGGUUUAAUGCACCCUGUUAUUAACACAGCUGCCUGCAAUUUCUGCUGGUUCGAAUCUCUCCAAGGCUCAAGGUUGACUCAGCCUUCCAUCCUUUCUAAGGUAGGUGAAAUGAGGACCCAGUUUAUGGGGGCAAUAAGCUGACUUUGUAUAAAUAUACAAAAGUAUGAAGGCUAUUGCUUAACGCAUUGUAAGCCGCCCUGAGUCUCUGGAGAAGGGCGGCAUCUAAAUCAAAUUAAAAAAAAAACCAAAAAACCCCCCCGCAAGAGUCACUUAACAAUUUUUAUAACAACUGUGGCAGGAAAAGGUUGAAAAUCAGGUGUAACUCGCAUAACGACCAUCUUGCAUAGCAAUGAAAAUUUGGUCCCGAUUGUGGUUGUAAGUCGAGAACUACCUCUAUAGUCUUAUACGUCUCCAUUCUGAAAAUUGGAAAGCUUAUAAAUAUUCCAAGUAACAGGAGUUCGUUGUGUAAAUAGAGUAUGUGUGUGUAAUUGGGAGGUAUCACGCUGAUGAUAGCCAGUUUUCAAUCAAUUUUAUCUAUAUAUCCAUUUUAAAUUCGUCAUCUGCUUUACUGUGUGUUGUAAAAUGUGUACAUAGCCUCCUUUCACUGACAGCACGAUCUUCCAGAAGUAUUAUUCUUUUUCUUUAUGUGUUUAAAAUAGGCAAUUUCUCAAUUUUUGUAUGCUCGAGUCCCUGAUUUUUUAUUUUUGGGUUCCUUCAAGUCAGUCUUGCCAAUACCUAGAAAAGUCUCUACAUUUUCCUUGGAAAAAUUUCAAAAGUGGUUUGCCAUUGCCUUCUUCUUAGGGCUCAAUUAGAAUGACUGGCCCAAGAUUGCCCAGCUGGCUUUUUUGUCUAAGGUGGGAGUAGAACUCCUGGUUUCUAGCCUGGUACCUUAACAGGUAGAUCAAACUGGCUAUCUGAUAUUUUUUACACCUCUUCAUUUAUCAGAUAUAACUCUAGAAUAGGUGUGUCCAACUUUGACAAAUUUAAGACCUGUGGACUACAACCCCCAGAAUUCCCCAGCCAGCUUAAUAAUUGUGGCAUUUGCUUAACAACCACUGCCAAAAAAGUUCAUAAAAUCAUUUGAAGUCUUUACUAUACAGAACUUAAACCAAGAAUAAGCCUUUUUGCUGAAUUUGAACAAUUAAGAGAAAACUAAAAAAAAAAAAAUUGGGGGGAAAUGGCCUUGCCUUGUCUUUUUGUUCUCUUUAUUUCCUUUUACUUUUUUUGACUGAAGGGGAAAGAACUGAGGUUCUGCAAAUAAGGAAUGGUUGGCUGGCAAUCUCCAUUUUCCCCCAAACCCCAAAUGAGAUUGUUUUAUAACAUUCAGAGCAAAACAAUUGAAGAGUCAGGAGGAGCCCUAAUAAAUUUGUUCUUUCCAUUCCUCUGAA